UAAAAACGCAAUUACCUAAACAAAAAAAAUAAUAAAAAUAUGUAAAGUGCGACAUGGCGGUUUUCCGGGAUGUUGACAAAGCUUUAUUUCCGAUAAAAAACAUAAACACCGUCGUCAAAUUGUUUACGAACCAACUGGAAGAUUCCAACGAGCCCGAUUUGGCUCUACUAUCAAUCGUCUCUGGGCUCAUCGAGAAUCAGCUCACGAGCCGGUCAAAUGCUGCUGGCCAGCUCACCGAUUCGCCGGAAUCCAACGUCUUGCCUCGUUUCGAGCUGGAGGACGUCGAAAACCUUUACAAAAAGUUCCAUUUGAUCAUAACAGGAUCUGUGGAAUCCAACGAUACCAAAUCGUAUGCGACCAGAGAAAUUGUAAAGAAAGUUUCUGAUGUUAUUUGGAACAGUUUGACCAGGAGUUACUAUAAGGAUAGGGCUCACUUGCAGAGCCUUUACAGCUACCUCACCGGCAGCAAAUUGGAUUGUUUUGGGGUCGCUUAUGCUGUUGUUGCAGGCUGUCAAGUUUUGGGCUACAAUGAUGUACAUUUGGCUUUGUCUGAGGAUCACGCUUGGGUUGUUUUUGGACCAAAUGGAUCUGAAACUGCUGAAGUUACUUGGCACGGAAAAGGCAACGAAGACAAAAGAGGUCAAGAAAUUGGUAAAGGAGUCUCGGCCAGAUCGUGGCUCUAUGUUAACAGUAAACCUGUGGUUUGCACAAGACAUAUGGAAGUGGCUGCUAUGGUUUCAGCUAUAAACCCUUCACUAAAUGCUAAUGUUGACGUCAGUGAAGUUGCGUUGUUGCAGCAAGAGUUAUUAUGGCAUCUGUACGAUUUCGGGCAUCUCAAAAAGUAUCCUAUGGCUAUAGGUAACUUGGGGGAUCUUGAGGAGAUUUCACCCAAGCGCCCUGACAUUUCUUGCAAAAACUUAUUUGACGAAGCUAUAGAGUCAGCUAGAAAGUACUAUAAUAAUCAGCACGUUUAUCCCUAUACUUAUCAGGGAGGUUAUUAUUAUAGAAAUAAAAUGUACAAAGAGGCUUUUGAAAGUUGGGCUAAUGCCAGUGAUGUUAUAAGAGGGUACAACUAUUCAAGGGAUGACGAAGAAAUCUACAAAGAAUUCCUGGAAAUAGCCAACGAGCUCAUUCCCUACAUUAUGAAGAUGGAAAGUUCUGGUUUUGAGGCAAACACCAUUUUAAAGAAAGCCGAGUGUUUUGCUAACUUGCUGAAAUUUUAUGAUGGGAUUUGUCAGUGGGAAGAAGGAAGCGCCACACCCGUGCUUCAUAUAGGUUGGGCAAAACCUCUGGUUAAUACUAUUUCUAAGUUUGAUGCAGACGUUAGAGCACAAGUCAAUAUUGUAUGUGAUAAUGUUGAAGAGAAACUAUGUUCAAAGAAAAACGGUUCGAUCUUCAACAAUAACAAUAAUAACAAUUAUGAAAAAGAGCAUGCCUCCACAAUAACCAAGCCCAGUGCUACAAAACAGUCUGCCUCUAAUUUCCAUCCUACAAUUGAAGCAUUAACUGCGGCUUGUUCUGAAAAGCUGCUGAAUCCAGAGUUUUUGCUACAGGGCGACGGAUCGCCGUUUGUUGGCACUAGUCAGCAGCAACAUGAAAUAAAAAUUAAAAUAGAAAAAGUGGAAGAGAAUCCAGAUAAUGGCAUGGAAGUGUUGGAACCGGAAUUUCAGGCUGUUGAAGUCAAACAGGAAGAUCCUGGUGGCGAAUACACAAUACCAGCGCUAACAAAGCCAGAGGAGGAAAAAGAAAAUGGAAAACCGGGCACAUCAAAAUCGCCAGAUUUCUUAGCCAAAGAAGAAGACUACGAGGAGGAGAUGCGCAGGAAGCGACCAACAGUGGUACUGCACAGUCAAAAAAUGAAAGAACUAAAAGAUUUGCUUUUGGCGGAAAAACUCAACACUCACGCAAUCUCUUUGCACUUGACAGCACAAUCUCAGGUACAGGUAGGGAAAAAGAGCAGGAGCGAUUCAACUGAAACGUCAAUGAGGCCAAAAAGGGCACGAAGAGAAUAAGAAAAAAGAGGCCUCUAUUUAUUUAAUAAACAAGCUUUAAGGUGAGUACUUAAAUACAUAGUUAUUUUAGGGCAUUAUUUCAUAUAUAUUGUGUAUGAUUUAAUAAUAAUAAUAUGCAAUUUGUUUUAAAUUUUAUCACAAAAAUUUAAAAGAACAUAAUGCAUAUACUAGCGCUUAAACCUUGAAAAGUCUUUCUAUUAUCAGGAAAUAGGUCUUUACUGUAGAUGUAUAAGUAAAAAGAAGUACAUAAUUUUAUGUAUACAUAUUCUAAGAUGUAAAUCUAGAAUUGCUAUUGAUGUUAUUUUUAGCAAAUAACUUUGAGACGUAUCCCAGUGAAUUUGGUAGUCUUGUUGCACUUUUGCACUUUUUGUGAUUAUUUUUGUUUUUGACUCACAAACGCACUGUAUACCUUAGCUUGCCAUUUAACAGCCUAAAUAUAAUAUGAUAGGUAAUGAUGUGAGCAGUAUUAAUAUUUUUUGUAACCUUCAAGAACUGAUUUUUUGUAUGUAUAUUUUGCAAUAGCUUCAAUGCUAAGUCGUAGUUUUUUAUUUUAGUAUUUAGGGACAUUAAUCAAACAUAAUUUGUGGAGAUGGAAUUUAUUGCAAAUUAUUUCAUUGAAAGCUUAUAAACUUAAUUUAGAGGCUUUUAAAAUUAUAUCAAUUUUGACAAUUCAUUUAGUAUUCCAAAAUCAAAAACUUUCAUUGAAAAUUUGUACUUGAGUGUUUUUUUAAUGGAAACAGACCUAAUAAUAACUGUGUUUGAUUAAUUUAUAAGUCUUAUUAGCUAUUAUUUUACACUCACUGUGAUUGGGGACAAUUUUCACAAACACAGAGUCCCUAAUCUACCUCAACAUUAUACACAUUCCUUUUUUUUGUGAUUAGAUCACGCGUUUCCUAGAUUAAGAUUGUUGAAAAUAAUUUUUAUUGUACAUAUUUUUUCUUUUUUUUAAACUGCGUUGAUCGCAUUACAAAGCAAGUCUUUUUUAUUAUUAGCUUAUAUUGUUCAUCUUUAUUUAUUGAAUUUUGCAUGACGUGUUGCACAUCACUUUAGUUAAGUUUUAGCGCUUAAGCUUUAUAUUGUAUAUUUUGAAUUGUUAUAGCUGCUAUAAUAACAGUUUGUAUUGGUUGUUAUGCACUCUCAAGCAAGAAAACCCAGUGCAAUUUUCCUUAUAAAAAAUAAAAAUAUAAUCAAAAUAAUUUCUCCCACUAAGCUUCUUUACAUUUCUUAGAACCACAACUAUACUUACCUCUUUUUUCUUUUUUAAUAAUAAUUUAUUUUGAGAAAACUAUACAGGGUGACUCAGACCCUGUUGUUUUGGAAAUUUAAUAAAUAAUUUAUUAAAAUAACUAGGCGUUAGGAUGUAACUUCUUUAGAUUUAAAAUAUGUACGUAUUAGAUCAUUAUAUUGGCAACAAAAGGAUUGUUGCUAUAGAAGAUAAUAAAAUUAUUACCUAAUUGUAAUCGAAAUUAAGAGUAAGUGUUCAUUGUCAUGAAUAUUCUGAUGGGUAUAGAAUGGCAUUCUUCUUAACAUAACGAGUCUUCACAAAAAAAAAUAAACAAUCGAACAGUAUUUUUGACCUGACAUUCUGACAUUAAAGUUCAUUGACAAAAUCUGGGGGAAGCAUGUGGUAGUAAUAAAACUUGUACUCAGAUAGUGAAAAGUAAUAUAAUAAAAAAGGUAUAAAUUCGUCAAAAUAAAAAGAAGGGAAACGUGUGUGUAUCAAAAAUUGAAAAAUUACUUGACACACACUUGACAACUAAUAAUGACAACUGCCACUCUUCACUAGCAAUUGUCUAUAUCUCAACAAAAACGCCAACCUAAAUUAAAAACAGUAUUAUCAAUAUAAUUUUGAUUGUUUUAACCACAUAAAAUUAAAGAAAAAUAUUGCUUAAAACAUACGUUUGAAAACCAAUUAUAUUUUGGAUUCAGAAACUUGUAUUUUAAAAAACAUUUAUUUUAUUGAUUAAAAUACAGAGGUGACAAAAGAAAAUAUGUGGAUCAAAUUGCUACAGCUAAAGCCUGAAUCCCAAUGUAUUUAAAAAGUCAUAGAGGAAAGGGGUUCCAGAUAGGAAGCAAUAUUAUUCAGUAUUUAAAUGUGAUAUUUGUCACAAAAAAUUAAAUGAGAUUUCAAAAGGCAUUAAGUGACAUUCAAAUAAAUAUGAUUUUAAAUGUGAUAUUCAUCACGAAAAAUUCAAAAAAAAAAUUGAUACCAUCACAAGCAAAAAGCAAAAUAGAAUCUUCUAUAGCAUCCAUCCUUGUUGGUACUUUUAGUAGGACAAACCUCCCUUAUAUACCCUUAUUAGUGUUAAAUUUGAAUAGAGAAAAAGCUGAUUUUAUUUUUAUAAUAUUUGGUAUUUAAUAUUUAUUGUAUAAAAAUUAAAUGUAAUUGAAAUUGUGAGGUGGUACAAUAAUAUUGGAAAAAAUCUACAUGUUUAAAAAUCUGUUACUAGUUUUUGCUUGAAUAAUGAUUAUUAUAAACACAUUGAUCCCCCUUGAAAUGUGCCGUUUUAAUGGAAAUUCUCUGCUUGAAUCAUUAGUACCUAUUAUUAAUGGCAUUUCGAAAAUUAGUAGUCUUUUUUUUAGCGCCUAUAAUUAUUUCGAAUUUAUAUUGUAGUCUGUGAUGAAUAAAAGGGUGAAUAAUGUAUUUAUUCUAUUUUGUAGUUGUUAGAUGAGUAUUUUUAUAAAGGGAAAAUUUAUCGGUGAAUUAUAAUUGAAAACGGACAACUAACUCAUUGUUUUUUUAUUCAAUCGCUAAAUUUGGGUUGGACAGUUUUGAGCCACCACAGGAACGAACUUGCUGCCAGUAUUUUUUUUCAAUAUAGUUUGGGCAGUUUUAUUUUCAACUGGCAAUAUGGAAAAUACAUAUUGCUUUAUUAAUUAUUGUUAGUAAUAUAGGUUGUCCUCUUUACAAAUAAUAAAUGUACAAAAAUCGAUAAAGUUAUCUUAAAUUAUUUACAUGUGUAUACCUUUUAGAAAUUUAAUCAAACUCUACUUUAAGUACACAAAUAAAGUAUUAAAGCA